UAAGACACUCCCCCAAGCGAAAGCAAGAGAAAGCGGGUUUUCUCGUCCGCACUUGUUUCGAAACAGGUAGCGAGAGUCAGUUCUGCAGAAACCAUGCGUCAGUGCGAGCGCUGUUUGCUAAAACCACGCAAUAUCAACACGGGCAAGUUAGAAACCGUUUCUAAGACGGCUCGUCUUGCGGGGAAGACAUGGAGUCAAGGAAGCAGACGACACGACGGUUUUCGUAACGUGACGCAAUAGGGAAUUCUCAUCGAGGAAGCAUAUAUCAGAAAACGGUCAGCAGCGGCGGUAGUGGUAGUCAUGCCGCGGUGCCGAUGUUUCAAGGCCGUCGGCAGUCUCGCAGCCUCCCUUGCCAUUUCACUUUUUUUCCUGCUAAACGCCGCCUCAAAAAGCAACGACCCCGCUGCAGACGGCACGCCGCGAUGGGUCGUCCUGCCGGGGAACGUCACCGUGCAUCGCGGCAUUGCCAGGAACCCGCACCACUUUACGUACAUCAUCAACAACGACGCCGUCUGCUCCCGAGGGCCCGUUCGUCUUCUGGUUCUGAUCGCCUCGAAUGCCCGGAGCGGGGCCCAACGGCGACGCGCCAUUCGCGAAACGUGGGGUCAGAGGGCUCUGCAGUGGGCGCUCCAUUUCAGACUAGUGUUUUUACUAGCAGACCCCCACAACGAGACAACUUCGAAAGAAAUCCUGCGCGAAAGCUACACCUACGGUGACAUUGUGCAAGAAGCAUUUGACGAAUCGUUUCACAACUUGGCCCUUAAGUCAGUGAUGGGUAUCAAAUGGGCAGUCAGCUUUUGUUCCAACGCAGGUUACGUAGUGAAGACUGACGACGAUAUAUUUUUACACAUUCCUAACCUCAUUAGUGCACUGGACAACAGUGAUAUGGACUACAGCAUCCUCUGCCACCCCAACCCAAUCCGUCGGAUCUUGCGAGAUGGACACGAUAUACCAAAACGGUAUGAAAAGUACCUAGUCACCAGAAAAGAGCUCCCGGGAGAACUCUUUCCACAGUACUGUGGUGGAUUUGCGUACGGUUUCACUUGGGCGUCUGCCCGAAAACUAUACCAGGCUACGAUGGUCACGCCGGUGUUCUUUAUAGAAGAUGUGUAUGUGACUGGAUUCUGUCGGCUGAAAGCUGGACUAAAAAUCCUGGCCCACGAAAGCAUCGCACUCAAGCCAAAAGUGACCCUGCAGCAGGCGAGCUGUGUGUUUGGCGACGAACGCAGGAUAACCUCGCACGAAGUGGAUGCUGAAGACAUGAGAUACUUGUGGAACGAGACGAAUACUCAAGGCUUCUUUUGCCCCAAACCGGUGGAGCAAAUUCGCUCCUGACGUCAAGUAUUUCCAUAUGUAUUUGAGCACUUGAGAUUUCCGACUACAGUAAACCCUCGUUAUGCCGAA